AUGGCCUUUAUAGUUGAGUACUACAAAGUAUAUAGCAGUUACUACGGAGCAAGAAUUGAAAUCAUCUUCACACCUACCAUUCCCGAUUCCGCCAUGUCUAACGCUACCAACGCUCGCAAGGAAGUCAACGACGCUAUCAUCAACUCCGGCAGCAAUGCCAUCGGCCAGAUUGUCGAUACUGCCAAUUCGUCUAAGCGCAAGCGCGAGCAAAACAAGCUUGAGCGCGAGGCGCGCGAGAGGGCUGAAAGGGAGAAGGCCGAGAGAGCGAAGACGGGCGGCAAAUAA